AUGCUAAAUUAUAAAUUGAUUUUAUUGUUUUCCUCUUUCCUACAAUUAAUCUCUUUUUCUGGCUUUAUGAUAUGUUGUUUAACUUCACCAAUAAUUAGAAACUGGGGGCUGGCUCAAGCUGCUGGAGUUUCAUAUGGUACCUUUGGUUACUGUAAAACUUUGAAUUCUUUUUCCUGCUCUCGAGUACGUUUAAUAUAUAACACCUCGAAAGAAAUAUUACCUGGCCCUUCUCUUGAACGUUGGUGGCUGAGUCCUAAGGCAAGACAUACAAUAGGAGGACUUUUGAUUUCGAUACCGGUUGCUACAUGUUUGACUUUCAUUUCUUUUGCACUUCCCUUGGUUAUUAUUUUUCUUUUUCAGACUGGAGGAACUAAUGUCUCACUUAUUACUUCCAACGCUAUAUUACACAUAUUGACACUUUUAUCAACUAUUUUUGCAUGCACCGUGAUCCUGUUACUUUGCAUGCACCGUGAUCCUGUUACAAUUUCAUCCUUAUACGACUUGGUGUGGCUGGCUAACUGUUCCCUGUUCCCUCUGCUCGUUAUUGGCGUGCAUUUUCUCAGUUUUAGGUUUGAUACGUCUGCGCAGUCAGACAGAAAACAUAGCUAA